GAUCAUCCAAUCAAUUGUGUCUUUUUUGUCGUUCCGGCUCGCGAACUUUUUGUCGGAGGAAACAGCAAGCUCACCGCAAACCACACAUUUCCCGUUCCACGCAGGCCGAGGGUUGACAAUUCAAAAUGGAGGUCGAAAAGGCGCAGGCUGAGAGAAAACACUCUCAGCCCAAGAAGGGCAAGGAGUCGAAGGAUUCUGAGGCUAUAGUUGCGAAACGCCGCGCGGAAGAAGCCCAUCAGCAAUAUGGACGAGGCCGCAAGAUUCAAACCGGCACCGUUCGAGACAAGAAAUUGCGCAGCAACCUCAAGGCACUGGAAAACAAAUACAAGGAUGCGACAGUCAAGGCGCGUGAUGCAGAGAUUUUGCUUGAGAACGAAUCCGGACUUCUCGAGCCUGAGAAUGAAAUGGAAAAGACGUACAAAGUCCGCCAAGACGACAUUCAGGCAGAGUUACCCAUGGAAACAGCGAAGAAGGGAUUUGAAUUGAAGCUAGAAGGUUUGGGUCCGUACACAGCAGAUUAUACACGAAAUGGCAGAAGUCUCUUGCUUGCUGGCCGCAAGGGUCAUAUUGCGACCAUGGAUUGGAGAGAUGGCAAGCUUGGCUGUGAAAUGCAAUUGGGAGAAACAGUGCGCGAUGCGAAGUGGCUCCAUAAUGAUCAAUACUUUGCCGUGGCACAGAAGAAAUAUGUGUACAUCUACGAUCAUGCCGGCGUCGAGCUCCACUGUUUACAGAAGCAUAUUGAGGUUACAAACAUGGAGUUCCUGCCCUACCAUUUCCUCCUGGCGACAGUGGGAAAUGCUGGUUAUCUCAAAUAUCAAGACACGUCAACCGGCCAGAUGGUUAUUGAAAUUCCUACGAAGAUGGGCUCACCAACAUCGCUCACACAAAAUCCUUCCAAUGCUAUCCUCCAUAUGGGCCACCAGAAUGGUUCUGUGACGCUCUGGUCACCAAACUCUACGACGCCAUUGGUGAAGUUGCUGGCUCACCGUGGCCCGGUUCGGUCGCUGGCCGUUGACCGAGAGGGACGUUACAUGGUAUCAACUGGACAAGAUUUGAAGAUGUCAGUAUGGGAUAUUCGCAUGUUCAAGGAAGUAAACAACUACUUUUUGCGCCAGCCAGGAUCAUCUGUAGCCAUUAGUGAUCGUGGCCUCACCGCAGUGGGAUGGGGCACCCAAACCUCCGUUUGGCAGGGCUUGUUCAACAAGUCUCUGGCAGACCAGGAGAAGAUCCAGUCUCCGUACAUGUCAUGGGGUGGUGAAGGAAACCGAAUCGAACGGGUGCGAUGGUGUCCAUUCGAAGAUGUGCUUGGCAUUUCGCACAAUGCCGGAUUCAGCAGCAUCAUUGUUCCUGGAGCAGGUGAACCUAACUUUGAUGCUCUCGAAGUCAACCCUUACGAGAACAGCAAGCAACGACAAGAGGCUGAGGUGCGUGGCUUGUUGAACAAGCUGCAACCUGAAAUGAUCUCCUUGAACCCCGACUAUAUUGGUAGACUCGACGUUGCUUCCGAGCAGACUCGCAGAGCUGAAGCCGACUUGGACCGCAAGCCGGAGGAUCCUAUUGCGAACCUGAAGAACCGUGGCCGUGGAAAGAACAGCAGUCUCCGUAAACACCUUCGGAAGAAGGGAAGCAAAAACAUUAUUGACGACAAGCGGCUGAGAAUCGAAGCUCUGAGGAAGGAGACACAUAAGCGACACAAGGCAAACUUUAAAACGAGGGCAGAAGAGCUUGGCCCUGCUCUCGCAAGAUUCGAAAGGAAAACCGCUUAAGGCGGAUUUUUGUCAGACCAUUGCAUUGCUUCAAAAAUUUCCCUUCUCGGCACGGUUCCAGUGUUGGCGCAGGAUGUUUUGUUUAGAUCAGCAUGGGCGGCGUUUUUGGUAAAAUGGCACAUGGGAUACCAGCUCCCUGUUUACAGAUCUAGUGCAAGAAAAGUUCGUUGUCAUCUACAGUGAAUACGGUGGUCUACAAGACUACUUAUCGAUUCUACAACCUUACAAUUUCUACUACCUGUC